CAAUCUUCCCAACAGUUCAAUCUCUGUAUACAGCAUCUCCAUAUAUAUAUUUAUUGAAAUAUUAUUCAUAUCAUAUAAAUAUAUAGUUUGAGAAGAUGAUUGGCUGGGAAGAUAUUUACAAGGUGGUGAACGCCGUGGUGCCACUGUACGUAGCACUAAUUUUGGGGUACGCCUCCGUGAAAUGGUGGCGCAUCUUCACGGCAGAGCAGUGCAACGCCGUGAACCGCUUCGUCUGCUACUUCACUUUCCCACUCUUCACCUUCGAGUUCACCGCUCAUGUCAAUCCCUUCAAGAUGAACUACCGGUUCGUCGCCGCCGACAUCAUAGCCAAACUCAUCAUCGUCGCCGUUUUGGCGUUUUGGGCUAGAUACACCGCUAAAGGGAAGUAUGGGUGGUCAAUUACAAGCUUUUCAUUGUCGACUCUCACGAACGCUCUGGUGGUCGGCGUGCCGUUCGUGAAGGCCAUGUACGGAGAGGCAGCCGUGGAGCUGGUUGUCCAGGCGUCGGUGGUGCAGGCGAUCCUCUGGCUGACGGCGCUGCUGUUUGUGCUGGAGAUAAGGCGAACCAGGAAUGAUUUUUACUCCAACGACGACGGCGGCGGCAGGGUGAUUCCGGCGGAGAGUGACGGGAAUGAUUUGGAGGGAAAUACCAAGGUUGUGGAGAACGCAAAAAAUAUUACUAAUAAUAGUAAUUCCACUUGCCGGUUGAUGAGGGCUGUGUCGUUAAAGCUUGUCAUGAACCCUAACUUAUAUGGAUGUGUUAUUGGGAUCGCUUGGGCAUUUAUUUCCAACAAGUGGCACAUUGAGAUGCCGAGUAUGGUGGAAGGAUCAAUAUUGAUAUUGUCAAAAGCUGGCACAGGCACAGCUAUGUUUAGCAUGGGAUUAUUCAUGGCCUUGCAAGAGAAAUUGAUUUCAUGUGGAGCGAGUCUGACCAUCUUAGGGAUGGUUUUGAAGUUCAUAGCUGGGCCAGCCGCCAUGGCCAUUGCUUGCAUUGCUAUGGGUUUGCAUGGAGAUGUCCUCAGAGUUGCCAUUAUCCAGGCAGCUGUGCCACAAUCAAUCACUUCUUUCAUAUUUGCCAAAGAGUAUGGUUUGCAUCCAGAAGUCCUUAGCACUGCGGUUAUAUUCGGCAUGCUUGUGUCACUUCCAAUAUUAGUUGGGUACUAUGUAUUCUUGGCGUAUCUGCAUUGAUCAUAAUUGGUCCUCUCACAUACCCCCUUAGCUUAAUUUGUUAAGGCGAUUAAUUAAGCUGUGGGGAACUCAAUUUUUGCGACACGUUGUACUAAGUUCGUACUUCAUCAAUAAUGGUCCUGUUUCGUAA